CUCCCCAUUUCCCAAAUUCAGUUUCUCCCGGAGGUCCAGGGGCAGCUGCAUCUCUGGUGAGAGGCUGGUGGCUUUAGGGUCACAGCUCGAAGCCUCUGGUCCCAGUCGGAGCCACCCCGAGUGACGGCUGCCGGGUGGGUGCUGAGAGAUCCCCAGCCCCGAGUCAGCGACGCCGGGGGCUGCUGCCAUGCCCCAGGCUGCCCGCCUGGCACAGCAGGUGCUGCUGCGGGGGAAACGGGCCCCUCGCCUGGGUCCGUUGGCCCUGGGCCGGCCUCUGUGAAGCGGGCACCUCCACUGGGCCCCCUGGGCGGGCUCCAUGGCCUUUUCUGAACUCCUGGACCGAGUGGGCGGUCUGGGCAGGUUCCAGGUUCUCCAGACGGUAGCCCUGGUGGUCCCCAUCGUGUGGCUCACCACUCACAACAUAGUGGAGAACUUCUCGGCCGCCGUGCCCAGCCAUCGCUGCUGGGUGCCCCUCCUGGACAACAGGACUGCCCAGGCCAGUGCCCCCGGCGCCCUGGGCCCUGAGGCCCUCCUGACCGUCUCCAUCCCACCGGGCCCCAACCAGGGGCCCCACCAGUGUCGCCGCUUCCGCCACCCAGAGUGGCAGUUCCUGGACCCCAACACCACAGCCACCAACUGGAGCGAGGCCACCACGGAGCCAUGCGUGGACGGCUGGGUCUAUGACCUCAGCACCUUCACCUCCACCAUUGUGGCCGAGUGGGACCUGGUGUGCGACUCGCAGGCCCUGAAGCCCGUGUCCCAGUCCAUCUACUUGGCUGGGAUCCUCGUGGGAGCUGCCGUGUGUGGGCAAGUCUCCGACAGGCUUGGGCGCAGGCCGCUGCUGACCUGGAGCUACCUUCAGAUGGCCGUGUUGGGCACCGCUGCCGCCUUCGCUCCCAUGUUCCCUGUGUACUGCCUGUUCCGCUUCCUGGUGGCCUUUGCCACGGCGAGCGUCAUGAUGAACACUGCCACCCUCGUAGGCGCCCCCGAGCCGGGGCCGUGUGGGCGAGGCUCGUGCAGGCUCCCGGCUGACCCGCGCGCUCUCCUUGCAGUGAUGGAGUGGACAUCGACGCAGGCCCGAGCCUCGACAAUGACUUUGAAUGCCCUGGGCUUCAGCUUCGGCCAGGUCCUCGUGGCCUCCGUGGCCCACGGUGUGCGUGAUAGGGUGCCGCUGCAGCUGGUGCUGUCUGCCCCCUUCUUCCUCUGCUUUGUGUACUCCUGGUUCAGCACGGGCUUCACCUUCUACGGCCUGGCCCUGGUCCUGCAGGCCCUGGGCGGCGAUGUCUUCCUGCUCCAGUUCUUCAUCGGGGUUGUGGACAUCCUGGCCAAGAUCGGCACCCUGCUGCUGCUGAGCCAUCUGGGCCGCAGACCCGUGCAGGCGGCGUCACUGGUGCUGGCAGGGCUUUGCAUCCUGGCCAACAUGCUGGUGCCCCAUGCUAUGGGACCUGCGCUCAGCCCUGGCCGCGCUGGGGCUCGGCGGGGUGGGGUCUGCCUACACCUGCACCAUUGUCUACACUGGCGAGCUCUUCCCCACCACGCUCAGGAUGACCGCAGUGGGGCUGGGCCAGAUGGCGGGCCGAAUGGGAGGCAUCCUGGGGCCUCUGGUCCGGCUGCUGGCUGUACAGAGCCCCUCGCUGCCCCUGCUGUUGUACGGGCUGGUGUCGGUGCUCAGCGGCCUGGCUGCCCUGCUGCUGCCGGAGACUCAGAACCUGCCGCUGCCUGACACCAUCCAAGACGUGCAGAACCAGGCGGUGAAGAAGGUGACAUGCAACACCCGGAGGCACCCUGUCCUGAAAUCCACCCAUUUUUAAGCCUCCUGGGAAGCCUGCAAUGGAACCAUGGGAAGAAGCUUCCCUCCUCUCCAGAAGGCAGAAGGAGAGCAAAGGCCUCCAUUUCCAGAGGGCCCCAGGGCUGCCUCUCCAGCCCAGCCCAGCCUCUCUCACUGUCUGAGGAGCCACCUUCAACACACAAGGGGCAAAGGAUGCUUUGAUUGGCAGGAGGCUGCCUGGUGUGCAGUCACCCAACCCUCCCUCUGGCUACAAACAGGAGAGGGGACAGGUUUGGGGGAGGGACUGGCCUGUCGACCCCAUGCUCCCCUCCUUGCGGCUCCCUGCCCCGGAGCUCAGAGACUGCCAUCACCCACGGUCAAAACUGCCCCAGCUUCUCGCUCUACUUCAAAGGCUCCGUACCAGCGAUGGAGUCUCGGCUCCUCAGCUUCACCCCAAAGGCGGCUCUCUCUCUCCACCCCUCUCUACACUCCAGCCACACGGUCACUCCUGCCCAGCCAUGUCUUCUGCCAGGAAUCCCCCUGCCACCUUCCCUCCCUGACAAACUCCCACUCAGCCUCCCAGACGCACGGCAGUGGUCUCCUCCCAGGGGCCCAGGUCCCAGCCUGAGGCCCUAGUGAAAUGCUGACCCACCGCUGGGCCACACACCCUUCCCCCACCCACCAGCCCAUGAGUUCCCAGAGGGUUGGGGUGGUCCGCUUCCCCCGUGUCCCCAGCUCCCGGGCCAGAGGGGCAUCGGCACAAGGGAGAUGAGACAAUGAAUAAAGGAACUGCCCCUCACUGACUCUGGUGAUGAGCCCCGAGGGUCUGCUCGGGUUGAGGGGUCCCCACCGAGGUGGCCCUUUCCUAGGCCAGCUUUCCUG